CAUGCUUUGGUUGACGUCAAGCCUGGUGGGAGUGGCCUGCAAGGACACGCCCCCUAUGUUAUAUAAGAGCCUCUUGGGCAGCCUGGCUGCCACACAGCACUGAGUGUUCCCAGGGAGAGGGUCAGAGCUGUGUGUACUGACAGUGCUCCCAUCACUGGACUGCAGAGAGCCCCUGGGUGCUAUCACUUUAAGCAGAGCAUUAAAUCAGCCUCUCAGGACUUCAUGUCUGUAUUUUACCCCAUUCACUGGUAAGUCUGAUUUAGCAUUGUGUGUUAUAUCUGGGAGCCUGACUUCUCCUGGACUGCGGAGCUUUCCUGGAGGGCAUGGAUGAACAAAGAAACGCAGUUUUGGAUGGAAAAAAAUGCAAUCAGGAACUGGAAGGGAUUUCUGGAACUGAUGGGGGCACUCUACCCCAUGUCCCCCCCCUCCCCCCCCCACCCAUGUCAGAAAAAGGGGGGCACCUGGCUUAGCACUGACUCUCUGGCUGGGAGUUGGUUAAUAUGCCAGGUAUUUAGACUAAGCUAUAAAUUAACCCGUUUAGCUGCCAGUGCCUGACAUUGCAACUUGGGUCCUGUACUUCUAGUAUAUUUUAUAAUUCUAUUUAGCUAUGUAAAACCUUAUAUCGGGUAUCAGUGACCACGAUUCUCUCCCUCCAAAUCCAUGCUGUGUUCAGCUGACAUUUGUCUCUUCUCUGAUUAAUGGGUCACUUUAAGGAAGUUAACCAGUUAGGUGCCAGGCGAUGGGAGUUACAUUGUGGCUACAUGUGUGUCUUUGUAUGAAGUCCCCAUGGUGCUUGGGACCAGUUCUGUUCUUCUGACACAGAGGGUUAAUCUAACGACUACCAGAUGUAAUGUGUUGGUGCUGAAAGGUUAGGGCAGGAGUGGGUUAAUGAGCACAAGUAUAGUAGUUCCUUAUCCUUAAAGGAGCUCUGCACCAUGUACAGAGCUCCCCUGGAUCCUUGGCUGGGGCUCUGCACCAUGUACAGAGCUCCCCUGGAUCCUUGGCUGGGGCUCAUGUACAGAGCUCCCCUGGAUCCCUGGCUGGGGCUCUGCACCAUGUACAGAGCUCCCCUGGAUCCCUGGCUGGGGCUCUGCACCAUGUACAGAGCUCCCCUGGAUCCCUGGCUGGGGCUCUGCACCAUGUACAGAGCUCCCCUGGAUCCCUGGCUGGGGCUCUGCACCAUGUACAGAGCUCCCCUGGAUCCCUGGCUGGGGCUCUGCACCAUGUACAGAGCUCCCCUGGAUCCCUGGCUGGGGCUCUGCACAGAGCUCCCCUGGAUCCCUGGCUGGGGCUCUGCACAGAGCUCCCCUGGAUCCCUGGCUGGGGCUCUGCACAGAGCUCCCCUGGAUCCCUGGCUGGGGCUCUGCACAGAGCUCCCCUGGAUCCCUGGCUGGGGCUCUGCACAGAGCUCUCCUGGAUCCCUGGCUGGGGCUCUGCACAGAGCUCUCCUGGAUCCCUGGCUGGGGCUCUGCACAGAGCUCUCCUGGAUCCCUGGCUGGGGCUCUGCACAGAGCUCUCCUGGAUCCCUGGCUGGGGCUCUGCACAGAGCUCUCCUGGAUCCCUGGCUGGGGCUCUGCACAGAGCUCUCCUGGAUCCCUGGCUGGGGCUCUGCACAGAGCUCUCCUGGAUCCCUGGCUGGGGCUCUGCACAGAGCUCCCCUGGAUCCCUGGCUGGGGCUCUGCACAGAGCUCCCCUGGAUCCCUGGCUGGGGCUCUGCACAGAGCUCCCCUGGAUCCCUGGCUGGGGCUCUGCACAGAGCUCCCCUGGAUCCCUGGCUGGGGCUCUGCACAGAGCUCCCCUGGAUCCCUGGCUGGGGCUCUUCAAAGAAUGGUUCAGUUUGUUUAACCCCUUGCAUGCCUAGGGGACGUGUGCAGUGCCUUGUCCUGGCUUCUACAUGCAGUAUAAUGGGCAUCUCUGGCUGUAACUGGAGCCCACAUCAUGCGUUUCUUUGUUCAGUGAGAGAGACAGAGUUCAGCUGGUCUGGCUGUGUUUGGGAAAAUAAGACAAAGCGAUGUGUAUAUGUGUGUGUAUACAUUGGUAAUGCUGUAUAUAGGAGUGCUGGUCAGGGCUGUCUGUCUCCAGACUGGUUUCAUCUGUGUGUGUGUUUGCACUGUCUGUUUUAUACCGUGUCAGUCAGACAUGCAUUCAGACACCCUGAUAUUACCAGAGUCUCAAUCUGAUUAACAUGUUUGAUUCCAUUUAUAUAUUCGAGUAUUAUAUUAUAUUGUAUUGUAAUUAUAGUGUAUUAUAUUAGAUUAUUUUAAUCACUUUAUUAGAAUUAUCGUGACUAACCUUAUGCUAGUUUUUAACCAUUUCCCUGAAAUCCUGAUGUAAAUGUGCAUUUCAGGAUAUGGGCUGUCAUGCUGGCUUUGGUACCAGUCUUGGAAUACUCGGGUUAUAUAAAACUAAUCAUCGUUUGAGUUUUGCAUGGCACGUGCCAACUCCUAGUCCAUAGGGACAUUGACACAGAAUUGAUUAUCAUACUCAAAGUUCUAAAAUUGGAGUAAUCACCGUGGCAACUAUUGGAAUGAUCCUACAUAUUGCUGUAGUCUGCAUUACCUCCCAUAUUUUCCAUACGAGGAUGUGAUUAAGUGUACCCAUGGGCACAGCACCAACUAGUGAUCAGUAGGCUGGCAUUGCCUGUGACAUGCAUCACUGGUGGCCCUGUUACAAUACUGGCUAUAUCACUGCAGUGCCAUGUGUCAGAUUACCAUUACCAUGUGUCCUGUAUCCCUGUCUGCCAGGAAAAUAACUGGUGGCCAUUCAGCUAGUUUCACUAGUCACAAUGGUGUAACCCUUGUUCACUAUAGCGAGUCUAGGUUGGUGUUGGCUGGUAUACACUAACUUUCUAACUACAAGUUUUUUGUAUUUUCACUGUGAUCGAUUCUCACUAUAGUGAAUCGGGUUUGCACCAUUGAUUAACAAAUGGUUUGUUUAAUUUUGAUACUUUGCUCUGGGAGGUAUACAUCAUUGUUCUAUAGGUUUUAUGAGGUUGCAAACAAACAUUGCUCUGUAUCAAGUUCUUUAAGAACCCAGAGCGCAAGGCAAAUGUUUGCAGUGUGUGUGCACAAUGCUAUGGAAUGUUCAGUAAAUGCAAAGGAAUGUGGAACUUGGGUUUCGAAUGUUGGGCUUAGUCAAGACAGAUGUUUAACUGGGCCACAGUAUGGGGAAACUAUUAAAUGCAGUUAUGGGUUUAUUUAUCAAGCUCAGAGGUUAAACUGAAUUGUAGGCCAAUGUUUCUCUGAAGUGGAAAGUUAAUUCAUAUAUAUAUCAAAUAGUCAGGGGUGCACUCACAGGCCUUUAGUGGAAAAAUCGUGGUUUAAUGGAACGAGAGCUUCAGAUUCAUUUGUGAUAUAUAAUUGACGUUUCGACCCCUAAAUAUAGAUAGAAAUAUAUAUUCCCAAAAUUCACUGUUUAGCAAAUAAGCCUUUGGUAUAUAACUCUAUUUUGUAUCUGGUUGCUGUGCUUUGUAGCAGGAAAUCUAUUCUGGGUGUGCUCCGCAGCAGAACGAGUAAAUGUUUAUAACCUUUAAAAUACUUCGUUGCUUAUUCCAGCCAUGAAAUGGUGCAAAGGUUUCCUUCCUGUUUUGUGGUUGCUAAGCUUCUGUCUCAAGGUAGCGGAGCUGACUGUUAAAAGGAUUAACUAAACCGUACAUGUGUAUAUAGUCUGCAUUGUACUGCGAUGCAGUAUCUGUUGGUGAUGCAGCUUGCAAGUGUUGUAAAGACUAGUAUUCUAGUAGCCAAACCAGGGUGUUACGUGCUGCCAUGCAGAGUUUGAACUACAACCCCUAUAAUCCCCUGCUAGGCUGGCAGAGAAUUAUGGAAGCUGCCGUUCAGUUUACCAUUUAAUCGGAGUAUGUUGAAUUUUCCAAAAACCAUAAUCAAAGUUGAAGUAAUUCUCCAAUUUUCAGAAUGCUAUUAUAGCCUUAUUCUUCGCAGUUAGGCUUUUUUAAUUUACUUGAAUCCUGUUUUUGCAAGUUAUAGUCUGACAGUGAUUUGAUUAGUUUGUGCAAAACGAACAUCCUAUGCACACUUUUACUAUGGAAUCUUCUGGAUACCUUAUAUCCUGGAAUUUUAGAUCCCGUUGAGUUGUUUUUUUCCUAAAUCUGUAGUGGGGGUUAGAAAUAAAAGUUGUGUGCAAUUAACCCCUUAAGGACUAAACUUCUGGAAUAAAAGGGAAUCAUGACAUGUCAUGUGUCCUUAAGGGGUUAAAGGGACCCUGUUUGGACCAGCUCAUUGUCAAACAUUAUUACUUGGCACUCCCCCACUAUUGAUGCCAUCUGCUGAUUGGAACCAAGUUGCCCUAUUUAUAUUUUAUCUCCCCCUCCCCGCCUCCCCCUACCCCUUGGCAUCGACUAGAGAUGCAAUUAAAAGAUGAUACAUUACCUUUUGAGUGCUUGUUAGGAGGAAACCAAUAAUGCUGAUUUUAAGGCAUCUUUUUCCCUCCCACCUGAAUGACUGGCACUCAGAUUACCGCCGGGUUAUUCACUUAAUACAGUGAUUACACAUUUGACUGUCUUAAGGUCAUAUCUUUGAUGCCAAACCCCUCGAUUGAGCAUAUACAAGGAAUGUCACACUUUUGAUGUGUGUAUGUGAACGCUCUUGACACCGGUCAGACAAACCCAUCUAUGUAGUUUUUUCCGAACAAACCCUUUAUGAAAGAAUACCGGUUUGGUCACCUGUCUGUCAAGGUCAUCUGACAAAGGGAAGGCCUUAACGACAGUGUCUGAGAGAAGCUGCAUUGUUUAUAUUUAUAUCACUUUAUUCUUCUGUGUGAUUCAUUUACAAACAAUGUUUACUUUCCUUGUUAUAAUAAUCUUGGCAUGUCAUGCUUUUUGUUAGUCUGUUUGUUACAUAAUGAAACUUCAUUUUAGAGAAUGAAAGAUACACCGUAUACUAUUUAAAGGAUGUUAAUAACACAGAAUAGCAUUCCAGCAGUGGCGGCCGUCAAUUGUUGAAAAUUUGAAUUUAUUUUGAAAAUGUAUAGAAAAGAAACAUAUAAGUAAUUUAUUAGGGUGUUAUUUUAGUUACGGUAAGGUCAGUUAAAUCUAAUGGUUAGACUGUGCUUUUCUCUACUUUAUACUAUUAUUGGUAUUUAUAUAGCGCCAGCUUAUUCCGCAGCGUUUUACUAGGAUGUAUAAUACUUGGCACUACAGAAAUGCAGAGACCUUAUACUCCCUAAAAAUACUGGACACUGUUAUCUGUUUUAAUGGUGACACAUAUUUGUAGAUUCUCUUGUACAUAACAGAAAAGUAACACCUAUACCAAUAUUUUCCUUUCCCGAUAAUGGUCCACAGCAGCACAUAACUGGGCUAAGCUCCUCCAAUCACUCCCAAUGGACAGAAAUAAAGCACUUAAUGUAUUCCUGACCCUAUAGUGUUAAAACCAUCAUCUAGCCCCCUUGCCCUCCUAAAUAUAGCAAAAUCUUAACUUUAUUCCAGUAUGCUGCUGCUGACUUAAUUAUUCCAGUAUGCUGCUGCUGACUUAAUUAGAAGUGAUUCACUCAGACAAUAACAGUGCUUUGACAUGGGAAAGCACUGGAUUGGCUAAGUCUGUCAAGGAGGUAGAUCAGGAGCAGAGCCCGCACAGACCAAACCCAGCCCUGGCCAAUCAGCAGCUCCUCAUAGAGAUGCAUUUCUGAGGAAGGUUCAGUGUCUGCAUGCAGAGGGUGGAGACACUGAAUGUCAGUCACACUGUGCAGCACUGCUCCAGGAAGCACCUCUAGCAGCCAUCUAAGUGGCCAGUGGAGUUAUUCCUAUGCUGUAAUGUAAACACUGCAUUUUCUCUGGAAAAAAGUGUUUACUGCAAAAAGCCUGAAGGGGAAUGAUUUAUACUCACAAGAACAAAUACAAGAAGCUGUAGUUAUGUCGACUAUAGUAUCAAUUUAAGCAAUUAAUUCCCCCUCCUCACACAUGAGCUAAGGCUUAAUGCUGAGUGUCAUCUGAUUUAUUGGCGGCCACACACUGCCUUUUAUGCAAAAGCCCCUGCAAGGGGUUUCCAAUACAAUACAGGGAAAUCCCUCCAUGAUCCUUUGUGCCUGAGAGUUUGUGCAGUUGUUUGGUUCCUGAACAAUAUAUUCCCAAAUCACACGAACAGUGCAUUUUGCAGGGCCCAUAGUCCUGGGGCAGGAGGCUGGCAAGCAGGCUCCUCCAUAAGCAUGUGGCAAGGUUAUGUUUGUCACACUCCCUAUAAGUACCCCCCCAAACUAAGUGUCCCUCAGUUCAUUCUAAAGUCACCCAUGCUGGAAUGGUGGGCAGUGCUGCCGUGGGCCCAUUACUGGGAAAGGAAAAUAUCUGUAAGUAUGAGUUAAUUUUCAGUUUUCCUGCCAUGGUAGCACUUAACAGCAAGGCAAUGCCAUGUAUAACAAUAAGAGGGAGUAAUAAACACAGCACCGAAGUACUGCUAGAAAAUGUAUACAUAUAUUCAACAGAAUAAAUUAAACAGUGGAGGUUUGAGGGACAGCUUCCCAAAGGAUGCUUCCUCCAUCAAUCUCACAUCCAGAUGACAAUGCUUUAUAAAGGUAUUUGACGAGGACCAGCCAGCUGCCCUGCAAAUCUGAUCAGCUGGAACCUGUCACUGCUGCCAAAGUAGAGAUGGUUCUUGUGGAAUGUGCCUUGAGUCAUAGAGAAACUUGGACGUGCUUGGUUUGACAUCCUGAUGAAAGAUCAAGAAUGGUUCUUCUACUGAUAAGGCUACCAAUUCUGGGGUUCAUCAGCAAAAGAUCAAUGCCACCAGCAUUGCUGUCUUCCAUAUAAGUAGUGUCCGAGGAAUGUCCUGUAAAGGUUCAAAGGAGCUGACUGCAAAGUUGAGACCCAAUGGUAAAUCCCAUGGAGGAGAGGAGCAUCUUUCUGGGUAUAUAUAUAUAUUUUAAGAAUAGCCUUCAUGUAUCUGGCAACAUCCUGGUCUAAGGCCCACCGAACACCAGAAAGUGCUGACAAUGAAGAUACUUGGACCAAAGGCCAUUAUCCAACCCAUCCUGUAAUAAUUAAAGGGUAUCCUUGGCAGAAAAGGUUGACUUCUUCAGGAGUAGGGACCGAGGGGAUGGGUGGAACAGGGGACCAAGCUGCAAUGACUUGUGGAUUGAUCAAGAGGGUGUGUAGGAUACUCCUGAGCCUGAAUGGUAUAACCACCAAAACCUCAUUCCAUUCAUGUUGAGUUUUCUGAGGGAGACUAAAUAUUCGUGGAAAAGGAGGAAACCUAUUCCUUCUGGAAUUUUCAACUGGGACGAGCAUACUUCACCUCUGUGAAUGGUAAACCUCUUGACUCAUUAUGAGCGGUCUCCAUCAAAUCCAUUUUGGGAAGGCCCCAUUUCUAAACAAUUGAGGGACCAAAGAACUAGCUGCAGUUCUCCUGCAUGCAGGCAAUGCCGGCUCAGGUAAUCUGUUUCCAUGUUGCUGAGACCCAAUAGAUGGUUAUCCGAUAGACCUAGCAGAUUUGUAUGGUCCUAAUUAAUCAGAUUUCAAUGUCUCCAUCCUGCGGAUUUUUUGAUUUAUAUAAUUGACAUCCAUAGCAUGUGGACAGAAUAACUAUGGGUCCCUUAGUUUGAAGGGGUACUUAUAGGGUCUUCAUUGUUUAAUUGUUUUAUUUCUGAACAUUCUGAGUGAUCGGUGGAGCUUAACCCUGCUGUUAAGUGCUGACGUUACCAGGAAAUAGAGGAUGAGUGAAAAUGAUGGUGCAUUUGGGUUAAUAUAAGAUCAUACUACAAAUUAUUCAUCCGAAAUUAAUAAACAAUUUGCAAUAAUGUUAUGAUGAACAUUGCACAAGUUUAAAAAAAAUAAAAUAAACAUCUUUGUCUGAUUUGUCCAAAGCCUAAAAAUACUUUGCCUGCCAAAUCAAAACUUUUUCUCAAAGUGUUUGUGCUGUCACAAGGUAGAUUGAGUUAAAAAAAGCAAUAAAAACUGCCCAAAAUUUUUUGGGAAUGUUAGAAUUUUUAUGGGCACCAGAGACUCCAUUUUUUUAAAUCAUUGAAUGCCAAAGAUUACCAAACAUAUUGAUUUUUGUUUUGUAAUGCAUUAGGUGCGCUUGUCACUGAAAGGGUUAAUGAAAUGGGAUUUCGUAUCAGACGCUGUGAAAAUAAUCUGUCAUAGAAUAAGUAGCAAUCUGAAAACAUGCUGUCAUCCUGGCACUUGCCUUUCUAGCAUUUUGUGUUUAAGAAUCCCAUUUUUUUUAACUGUACUUAUUGGUCCCCAGCAGCACCCUAAUUUAGCAUGUGUAGGUGAGUGCAGCCAAACCCUUAUUUUCUCAUAUAAGAAUCCCAUUUUAUCAUUUCAGGAGAUGUACUGUAAGAAACGAAUUGGUUGAAUGGUCCAGGUCUUGGCUGCCGAUGAUAUAAAAUGCAGUAGUUUAGGAUAAUUCUAAUAUUCUUUAUGGAUCUGUUAACCUUAAGCAGUGCACCUCCACUCACUGACAGCUGGAAUAUUCAGCGCAAUGUUCAACUGUUAGAAUUCGUGAUUACUCCAGUCUGGACACUGUGUUUAGAGCCAGAUUAUUCUGGAUUAUAAAACAUUAACCACUGUUUUAAAUAAUCCCUUCCAAGUUAGACAUGUUAGAGUGGAGUCUGAGAUAUCCAAGUGAUAAACAUUCAAGGUUGGGGAGAUCUUACUUUUUAUCCAUGGCUCCUUUACAUUUUAAAAUUAACCUUGGGAAAAGCGUAGUCUCUGCUUAAUACGAAGACUAGCAAAGCUGUUCUGAACCAGGAAUUAUGGAAAACUGCUAAGGGAUUUGUACGUUAUAGGUAAAUUUGACUAUUUUUGCUUAACCCCUUAAGGACACAUGACGGAAAUAUUCCCUUUUAUUCCAGAAGUUGUCAUUAAGGGGUUAAUAUUUGCAAUAAACUUGUCACUUCUAAGCAAUUUCUAGUUUGGUUAAACACCACUAGGAUUUCUGAAAGGCAUGCGUACCAACAUCAAAUGAUUCUUCGUAAAGAUUAAAAUUUGUAAACGUCUGCUGUGAUACUUACUGGCGUGCAAGUGUCUACAGUCAAUAGAUGCAAUGAAUUUCAAUCUGUUUGUAUGUUUUUUAAUGGACUUAAUGUCACAUCUUUUAAAUGAGUUGUCUUUAUUGAGUAUUCUAUCCAGCACCGUUAGAUUGUAAGCUUUUGGACCUGGCUCUCAAAUCCUGUCUGCUUUUCAGUGCUUUAUCCAGUACAUUGACUAAAGGGUAAUUUUGUUGCAAUAAAGAAAUUAAAAUCUACUGAUAUAGUAAAGACCAAGUGUGGUUUUAGAAAGUCUGUCAUUGUUAGUUCCGCAGUGUCCCCUUUAAUUCUAGACGAGCUGUGGGGAGGAGCAUCAAUCAUAUGAAAAUAUUGGGGUAUUUUUGGAAAAAUUACAUAAUUUGCGGGUGUAGAUCCCUAUUAGCCAGGGGUAAUAGCCACUGACUAAAUAUCUUGGCAUUGAACCAUCUUCACCCUCCACUAAAAGGUUUUCCAUUGACUUAGUUGUUAUUGUACACCAAUUGAGUUUUAUUUUCUUUGUUAUAAGCAUUUAUUGAACCUCGAUAGUUCUGAUCCUGUGAGAUAUAGCAUUAAAUUAUAUACAAGAUUUGGCAAGGUAUCCCUGUUUCUUGUAACGUUUUAUUCAUAGAUUAAUGCGAUUUUCUUAUGUUUUAGUACGUUUACUGGCAUCACCACUUGAACAUCUCAAUGUCUCGUUAUGGAAGUGGCCAUUUUGGAAUCCUUAGUAAAAGUUACGGAUAACAAAACAAUGCUGCAGAGAUCAUGUGAUGUCAGUGAUUGACAGAGUAGCUAUCCCAAUGUGAGAGGAACAGGAAGUGAUUGAUUUGUACAUCACAUGCCAUAGGUUACCUAGAAAUUAUUAAAAAAUAAACAUGUUUUAUGAUAAAUGAUUCUACAUUGACUAUUUCUGAAUUAGAAAAGUUAAAUCAAAUGUUGCAAAAGUUUGUUUUUUGUUUGGCAUGGUGUAAUUGCUAGACUUCUGGCUAGUUGUGAUUUUAAAGUUAUUUGUAGUCCCUCGUUGUGAUAAAAGCUCCCAAAUGCCAUGGAGUAAAAUGAAGUGUAGUAGGGUUAUACUUUAAAGCAAUGACAUCCCCACUUCUCCUAACAUUUCGUAGAGUUUGUAAAAUCAUGGAUUUCAGUGGUAGAUUUUCAACUCUGGUCUUAGUGGCCCUUUAAUAAUGUUCUUUCAGACCACGAUGGACAAAACCACUUCUCAGUUUGUAGAGCAUCACCGUAUUUCAUAGCGUAGUACAAUUGGUAUGCAAUAAAUUCAAACUCUGACAAACCGGUUAAGAUACAUUCAUUCAAGAGGCAAGGUAGGUCCGUCAUAAAUGGUAUAAAACAUGCACGGUUUAGUCUUUCCAAAUGUAAACCAGAAUUGACUGGGCAAGGGAUAUCAUGAAAUGGUUGUCUGAAACCUUAGGUCGCUGUUUUCUUCAACCAAUGUUUUUUUUUUGUUUUUUUUCUUUACAGCACUGAUUACUUGAGAUCAGCUGAAAUGACUGAAGUAAUAAUGAACACUCAGUCCAUGGAUGAGAUUGGAUUAAGUCCUCGCAAAGACUCUUAUCAGGUAAAUUGGCAAAUCUGAUGUAGGAGAGGCUUAAACAGGAUGGCAUUCUUUACUGGUAGCUAAAAGAUGAGUAUAAAGGGUAUUUACUGAAUAUUUUCAUUAAUGCUUAGUGUGAGUGAGAUGUGUGAAUCACGUUCAAACAGGGCACACCCUGGUAAUAGGCAAUGGGUUUUGAUUUUUUUUUUUCUCUUUGCAUACUUCCUUAAAGGGACACUAUAGUCACCUGAACAACUUUAGCUUAAUGAAGCAGUUUUGGUGUAUAGAACAUGCCCCUGCAGCCUCACUGCUCAAUCCUCUGCCAUUUAGGAGUUAAAUCCCUUUGUUUAUGAACCCUAGUCACACCUCCCUGCAUGUGACUUGCACAGCCUUCCACAAACACUUCCUGUAAAGAGAGCCCUAUUUAGGCUUUAUUUAUUGCAAGUUCUGGUUAAUUAAGAUUUUCUUAUCCCCUGCUAUGUUAAUAGCUUGCUAGACCCUGCACGAGCCCCCUGUAUGUGAUUAAAGUUCAAUUUAGAGAUUGAGAUACAAUUAUUUAAAUUACAUCUGUUUGAAAGUGAAACCAGUUUUUUUUUUUUUUUCAUGCAGGCUCUGUCAAUCAUAGCUAGGGGAGGUGUGGCUAGGGCUGCAUAAACAGAAACAAAGUGAUUUAACUCCUAAAUGGCAGUGAAUUGAGCAGUGAAAUUGCAGGGGAAUGAUCUAUACACUAAAACUGCUUUAUUUAGCUAAAGUAAUUUAGGUGACUAUAGUGUUCCUUUAUUAUUCUGUUGUCAUUAUUCUAAACAAAGAAAUGUCAUGAAUUAGCCGGCAAAUGGCAAAUUUUAGGAUAAAAUAACCAAAUUGUAAUGUUUGUGAUUUUUAGCCUGGUUGUUUGAACCCUAAAUUUGCAGUUUCCUGGUGAACUGCCAACAAUUCCUGUUCCAGUAGAUAGGGAAAUGCGUUGGAUAGUUUCUUCUCUGUGCAAGUUACUUUAUGAUGGAGUUUAAAGAAAUGAAAUUAAAUAAAAUAUAUAAGUGCUUUGUAUUGAUGGGAUAGUAGACCAUAUUUUCACACAGCUUUUUACCUUUUAGAGAAUUGGUGCAGUUUAGUUUGUUUCCAGAGUAUUCCUUGGUGCCAACUUUUCUUGCCUGCCUUCCAGAACAGAGCCGGGCAGGCAAUAGAGCAGGCAUAAGGAGGGUGGGUCCUGAUCAUCAGAGAUGGGUCCAUCAUACGAAAGGGGCAGUCUUGCCAUUACGGGGGAGGCCAGACAGAUUAACAGCAUGCCCCUUCUAGCAGACAAUGCUCAUUUACUUGUACAUAACACAGAAAUUUAACAUUUUCUGGAAAUGUUUCCAUCUUGACUGUUGGCGUUUGCUUAUUUUAGGCGUUUCGUCCUCUCAUGCCUUGCUUGUUUAGUGGUAGGGAGAUGUACCCUGUGAAUUAGUCCAACAUUGAUAUAACCAGAUUUUAAGACCUGUUCAUGACUGACUUAUGCCCCCAUACGAUGAUGCUAGAUUAUAGGGUUGGGCCUGCAAAUGAUUGGUGGCUCUUACAAUUAAGGUGGACUUCUCACCUCAAAGCCUUAUUUGAGAUGCACCACAACCUUGCCAUGUCCUUCCACCGGAUGUUUUAAUGCAUUCUCUGUGGUCAUUAUUCCUAGUUACUCAGCUCAUUGUUGGAAUGUGUUUUUUCUGUUAGGAAAACCUCUACCGCUGUGGCCUGUAAAAUUAUUUAAACUGGUCAAUUAGCGUACAUCCUACCUUGAAGGACCUGCUGCAGCCAUGAAGUCUCUCGUUAAGGCUUUGCAUUAGUCAUACUUUCUAGGAAUUGUGGGCAAUUUAUGAAUGAACUUGCAGCUUCUAAAUCAUCAUUGCCAUGUUACUGGGAAUUGCUCGCUUGAGUGUAAAAAGGCUCCUGGCAUAACAGAUUUCCAGGAAUACAGCAAUGACUUGUCUAUUUUUUCCCUCUUUUUUUUUUUUUUUUUUUUUAUAGCUUCGUUUUAUAAACUAGUUUGAGAUCACUUGUUGUGCCGGACAUUUUUUUUUUUUGCACAAUAGAAUAUUAUGUGGUUGGAGUAUAACUCUGACCAGUUUACACAGCAGCAUUUUCUUUUGAAUCUUGUAUCUCACCCAAAAUACUUUGCAAUUUUCUUCCACUUUGCCACAUGGUAAUGUUUUUUUUUUUUUUUUUUUUAAAUUUAGUUUUUUUUUUUUUAAUUUAUUUUAACAAGUCUAGUUGGAGGAACAAAAUGUCUUCCCAGAACCUCCCAAUUGCAAUGCAGGUGCCAUAACAAUACUCUUCAGAGGAGCUCAGGAAAUACCCCUUCCUGUGUCUUGGCCUCUGUAAUGGCUACACAUUUCAUACACAAAUACUCGACCGCAAUCAAAGUAUCAAGGUAGUUUUUAACUUUUUAAAAAUUUUUUUAUAGUUUGACAUCAACAAAUGUCCACUCUCUUCAUAGUGCGAUAUAGUGGUUCUUUAAUGUUGAGUAUUAUGCAUCACUUAUAUAAACAAGGGAUGUAUUGAUUAAGCAGUGUCUAAAAAAAACAUGGCCAUAAAGUAGACAUUAUGAGGAGCCACACAGAUGUUUAAGGGGCACUGUGAUUUCCAGAAGUAAUUUGUGUGGUAAUUUGGAUGGCCCUAAUCGCUCAUCGGGUACAUAUCUUUAAUAGUUGCUGGAGGAAUCAUCUUUGCAAUGUAUAAAUUACAUUUUUAUAUCAACCUUAAAUUAACCUUGCCAUCCCCCUGUUUUGCAGAUGGUGGCUCUGAUUCUCAUUGUCACAUUACUUGUUGAAAUGUUCUAAUCCAAUAACAAGAGGAGAGCAUUUACCCAUGAAUUUAAUGUUCAUUAAAUAUGAAAGCUUCUGGUUUUAACAACGGGCAAACAAACGUGGAACAAUCAUCACAGUCUUAAUAUUUGGCUCCCUUACUUUAGUAGAUGAAGUGGGAUUUUUGUAAUUUUCUGUUCUUUUGUAAAUGCUGUGUAAUCCUCUCUAGGGAACACUGAACAAUAAUCCUCUUGCUUGAGUCGUAAAUGUAAUGUUUCUCAACUAAGAAAAGCAGAUGUGCGUGUGACGGUGACUUCCUCCUGCACGGCUUGGCAGUUUAAGUUAUAACUGUAUAAUGCUUGGUCUGCCGGUAACUGUUCUACUUUGACACACUUGUAGAAUUUAUUAUAUUGUUUAUAUUCAUCUUUAAAUAGAACCACUAUGGAAAGGCUGACUGUUUUCCCACACUGCUACAGUCAUGUUUUACCAGGAAGGGUAUAGAUUGUUUCCAAAAAAUUAAGAUAUAGAUUUAAUUAUCCAACUCAAUGGUAUUUAUUAUAUUGCCCUCAAAGGCUGAAAAGCUCAGUUCAAUGCCUGGAGGCUGUAGUGUUGACUAGUUUAGCUAUUUUUCUUGUUUUGUUAGAUAUAGUGCAUUCUACAGAUAUGCGAUAUGGAUUUAAAUUUUGCAUAACUAUUUGGCACCAAUGUUUUGUGUUAUGGAAUAUAAUUUUGUAGAUGGUUGAUCAGACUUGCUCAAUGGUGAAAGUAGCCAAGCUAUUUAAAAGAAAAGACUCGCCUUGUGAAAGUUUGCUGCAAUUGCAGUUUAUUCCAUAACCAGGGGGUGUCAGCCAGCCCUUACUGUCCAAUUCUCAGUGGGUGUACUUGGCGUAAUCCAUAAACCCCUGUACUGAGUGGUAUACUGUGUUUUUUUUUUAAACUGUAAUGUGUUUUCUAUUGCUUUAAUAAAAAACAGAAACCCAAAAAGAGAAGCUGUAAAUAAAAUAAACAUCUGGAUGGGGAUUUAAUUUAACAUUUCUGUUUCGUCCGUGAGAAUGACCGGUGAUGCAAUAGUGACUGGGAGCAAAGUCCAACGCUAUGCGCCAGCAGUUUGCAACAACUGCUCCUUCUGGUGUUAGGAAGUAUGUGUAAAGGGCCAGAUUAUUAAACUAGCUCACUCAUUGGGAUAUUAACAUUCUGCUGCCCAGCCGCUAGUUCUUCCUGGAGCCCAGCAGAAAGAUCUUUGCUCUACGGACGUUCUGCUAGAGGCACAGGUCGUUAAGAACAUUACUGGUAUUGCAGACAGGUGGACUUGCCAUGCACAUAGUGUGAGCCAGGCUCUUCUUUAAAGUAUGUAUUAAAAUAUGACCUGUUGAUGGCACCGCCUGCACAUUGAUAACUUUUUUUAAUUCUACAUAUCUUUAGCAUACAUCCUUGAUAAAGGCAGAUCAACAACCAAUACCAUAAGCUGACAUAAUGAAAUUUAAAGGGUUAACGUUUGACCACUGGUGGAUGGUCAACAAUCGUAUCCGCAUAGGCACAACCCAUUACCAGCCCAUGGAUGUGACCCACAAACCAGUGGAGCUGUAUGAUAUUGUGUCCUCUGUAGUGAUGUACCGAACGGUUCGCUGGCGAACGGUUCCUGGCGAACAUAGCAUGUUCGCGUUCACUACGGCGGGCGAACAUAUGCGCGGUUCGACCCGCCCCCUAUUCGGCAUCAUUGAGUAAACUUUGACCCUGUACCUCACAGUCAGCAGACACAUUCCAGCCAAUUAGCAGCACACCCUCCCUAGCAGACCCUCCCACCUCCUGGAAGGCAUCCAUUUUAGAUUCAUUCUCAAGCUGCAUGCUUAGUAAGAGGAGGGAAAGUGUAGCUGCUGUUCAUAAGAUAGGGAAAAGCAUAGCUAGGUUAGGGAUAAGGGUAUGCUUUUUUUUAUUUAUUUUUUCUAUGUAAUGUAAUUGCACUUAGUUGUCUGCCACUGCUGCCAGCUUCUGUGUCAGGCUCACAGUGCAUACUGUGCCCAUUUCCCCAGUCAGUGCCACCACUUACAUCUGGUGUCACAAUAGCUUGGAUUUAAAAACAAAAAACUUUUUUCACUGUUAUAGAUUGAAUAGCAGUCAGUUGUCUGCACUGCUGCCAGCUUCUGUGUCAGGCUCACAGUGCAUACUGUACCCAUUUCCCCAGUCAGUGCCACCACUUACAUCUGAAUUGUCACAAUAGCUUGGAUUUAAAAAAAGCAAACACUUUUUUUUCACUGUGCCAGAUUGAAUAGCAGUCAGUGUCCUUAAAGCGGGUGUGUUAUUCACAGCUAACAGCCAUUGAAUCACGGUGACCAGUGCACCACCACUUAGAUCUGGUGACACCAGCUUGGAUUUAAAACAAAAACUUCACUGUUAUAGAUUGAAUAGCAGUCGAGUGUCCCUUAAGCGGGUAAGUAUUCGCUAACAGUGAAUCACGGUGACCAGUGCACCACUUAAGAUCUGGUGUCACAAUAGCUUGGAUUUAAAAAAAACCCACUUUUUUCACUGUUAUAGAUUGAAUAGCAGUUAGUUAUCUUCAAGCAGGUGUGUUACGCUAACAGUGGAUCUGGUGACCAGUGCCACCACUUAGAUCUGGUGUCACAAUAGCUUGGAUUUAAAAAAAAAAACACUUUUUUCACUGUUAUAGAUUGAAUAGCAGUUAGUUAUCUUCAAGCGGGUGUGUUGCGCUAACAGUGGAUACGGUGACCAGUGCCACCACUUAGAUCUGGUGUCACAAUAGCUUGGAUUUAAAAAAAAAAAAACACUUUCUUCACUGUUAUAGAUUGAAUAGCAGUCAAUGUCCUUAAAGCGGGUGUGUUACGCUAACAGUGGAUACGGUGACCAGUGCCACCACUUAGAUCUGGUGUCACAAUAGCUUGGAUUUAAAAAAAAAACACUUUUUUCACUGUUAUAGAUUGAAUAGCAGUCAGUGUCCUUAAAGCGGGUGUGUCAGCCCUACAGCGUGUACUCUGCCAGUUUACGGUGCCACUCAUAUCAUACCACCAGAAUGCCGUCAUUGCAGAGCUCAGCAGUGUGGCAUUUUUUUUGUGUGUCUGCCUCUGACAACAGCGAUGCCAUUUGCAACCUGUGCCAAAAGAAACUGAGUCGUGGGAAGUCCAACACCCACCUAGGUACAACUGCUUUGCGUGGGCACAUGAUCUCACAUCACAGAUGCCUAUGGGAUCAACACAUGAGUACAAGCAGCUCGCCUACUCUAAGCCACCAGCCUCCUCCUGGUCCAGCAUCUUCAGCCACGCCAACCACUGCUGUCCUCCUUGUCCCCUCUCAACCAUCCGCCACUCCGCCUCCCGCCUUGAGCAGUUCACGCUCAUCUUCCAUAACCUCCUCGGCUGAGUCCUCUUCUGCUGCUGCGUCUUGCUCCACAUCAAUGGAUACGGGACGUAACAGUGAUUAAACUGAUAACAAUAGUACUAAACACACCAAUCCUAUCUGGUGGAACAUUAGAUUGCACGCUCCACAUCAACGGCACCCCCCCCAGCUCCCCAGGUACUAUUCCACAUCCCGGAUACGGCAGUGUCACGCCGUCUUGGGUUUGACUUGUUUGAAAGCAGAGAGUCACACCGGACAAGCACUCCUGUCCGCCAUGAACGCACAGGUGGAAAAGUGGCUGACUCCGCAGCGACUGGAUAUCGGCAAAGUGGUUUGUGACAGCGGAACAAAUUUGUUAGCGGCAUUGAAGUUGGGCAAAAUUUGUCACAUGUGCGUGCAUAGCGUACAUUGUAAUCUGAUGUUACAGCGCUUUUGUGCAUAAGUACACAGGCUUACAGGACGUCCUGAAGCAGGCCAGGAAGGUGUGUGGCCAUUUCAGGCGUUCCUACACGGCCAUGGCUCACUUUGGCGAUAUCCAGCGGCGAAACAACAUGCCAGUGAGGCGCUUGAUUUGCGACAGCCCGACAAGUUGGAAUUCAACACUCCUAAUGUUCGACCGCCUGCUCCAACAAGAAAAAGCCGUUAAUGAAUAUUUGUAUGACCGGGGUGCUAGGACAGCCUCUGGGGAGCUAGGAAUUUUUUUGCCACGUUACUGGACGCUCAUGCGCAAUGCCUGUAGGCUCAUGCGUCCUUUUGAGGAGGUGACAAAUUUAGUCAGUCGCACCGAAGGCACCAUCAGCGACAUCAUACCAUUUUGUUUUCUUCCUGGAGCGUGCCCUGCGAAGAGUGCUGGAUCAGGCCGUAGAUGAGCGUGAAGAGGAAGAGUUGUGGUCACCAUCACCUCCAGAAACAGCCUUAUCAGCAUCGCUUGCUGGACCUGCGGCAACGCUGGAAGAGGAUUGUGAGGAAGAGAAGUCAGAGGAGGAAUGUGGCUUUGAGGAGGAGGAAGAGGAGGGGCAAGACCAACCACAACAGGCAUCCCAGGGUGCUUUCGUUGUCACCUAUCUGGUACCUCAUGGUGUUAUGCGUGGCUGGGGGAAGAAGCCCCACCUUCAUUGACAUGGGGUGGGGAGAGCGGAAAUGGUAGCUCUGCAUCCAACCUUGUGCAAAAUGGGGUCUUUCAUGCACAAUAGGUGCCCAUUGAGGGACCCUGUUAUAAAAGGAUGAAGGAGAACGACCUGUACUGGGUGUCCACGCUACUAGACCCCCGGUAUAAGCAGAAAGUAGCGGAAAUGUUACCGAAUUACAACAAGUAUGAAAGGAUGCAGCAUUUGCAAAAUAAAUUGAAAAGUAUGCUUUACACAGCGUAUAAGGGUGAUGUCACAGCACAACGGGAAUCUAACAGGGGGAGAGGUGGAAAUCAUCCUCCUCCUCCCAUGACCACGCCGGCAAGGACAGGACGCUUUAGAGACGUGUUGUUGAUGGAGGACAUGCGGACCUUUUUAAGUCCUAUGCAUCGCCACAGCCCUUCGGGAUCCACCCUCAGGGGAAGCGGCUUCGACCGACAGGUAGCAGACUACCUCGCCUUAACUGCAGAUAUCGACACUCUCUGAGGAGCGAUGAACCCCUUGACUACUGGGUGUGCAGGCUUGACCUGUGGCCUGAGCUAUCCCAAUUUGCGAUAGAACUUCUGGCCUGCCCCGCUUCAAGUGUCUUGUCAGAAAGGACCUUCAGUGCAGCAGGAGGUAUUGUCACUGAGAAGUCGCCUAGGUCAAAAAAGUCUAGAUUACCUCACCUUUAUUAAGAUGAAUGAGGGAUGGAUCCCGAAGGGACUGACACUGGGCGAUACAUUAGAUUAAAAAAGGCCUGAUGAGAUGAGCUGCCUUGGGCUAAAAAUGGUCCACACGCUGCUGUAUUUUAGCUCUAAAUGCCGGUUGACUUGCGUGACUUAUCCGCCACCAACUAGGGUUCAAGCCGCCAUGUUUUAGGGCACUUUCUGCCUGUGAAACAAACAUCAAUUAUAGAUUGAAUAGCAGUUAGUUAUCUUCAAGCAGGUGUGUCAGCCCUACAGCGUGUACUCUGCCAGUACGCUGCCUCCUCCUACUCCAUCCUCUUCCAUAACCUCCUCGGCUGAGUUCUCUUCUGCUGCUGCGUCUUGCUCCACAUCAACGGAUAGGGGACGUAACAGUGAUUAAACUGAUAAAAAUAGUACUAAACACACCACUCCUAUCUGGUGUCACAUUAGCUUGACCGCGCAGUGCCCAAAUUUGCAGUAAGAGGACCGACCAAGCCUCUUCUUCCAUCUCCCUGUUACAAAAAUCAAUGCCGUGUACACGUCCACUGAUAGGAGACGCGGAAGGUAUUAAACUGAACAGUCUCUAUUCUGCUCUUGCAUUUCUAUUUCUUCAUAGAAAACGAAAAAAUUCUGAGAAGACGUUGGCAGGGCUAUUCACUUGUGUGAUCUGUCAUGAAUUGUCAUUUUAAUGUUUUGAACUGUGGGGCACAAGAACUUGAAUCUGACAAAAUGGCUGCCAUAUACACGUCCACUGAUAGGAGACGCGGAAGGUAUUAAACUGAUCAGAACAAUACUAAACACACCACAAAUAAGGUUUCUCUCCUGUAUGGCUCCUCAAAUGAUGCUUAAGAUUAGAAGCGGCUGAAAAGCAUUUCUCACACUCCGAACAAAAAUAUAUUUUUUGAACAUUCACUCCACUUUGAACGAAAUGACGUUUGGGAAGAGAUUAACAUAAUUAAACACAGGCAGUAAAAAUACAGUUUUUAGCCAUACCCUGUAACUUUAAAACUACACAUCCAUCUUCAUAAUUACAUAUUUGGAAUCAGCACACUUAAAACAUAAACAUAACCAAAAAUCAGCCAAAUCCAUCCAGGGGUUAAAAAGUUAGCUGGAGGUCCCUUCAUGACCGACCGCAAGCACAUUUUCCUGCCCAAAACAGUUCCAUAGAUUUGGGCUGUGAGGUCGGUCUAUUUCAGGCUGAAAAAACGACUAAGUCCCAUGGCGAAUGGGACUUAGUCUCUGUAUAAAACCAGUAGGGGAGAAGGUAGAGGGAAGCUCAGCGGUGUUGGCGGAAUGUGGCCGAUUUUAGUUCCAUGAAUUUGGCUACACAUACCGCUGACCUCGUCGAAUGAUCAAAGAUGGCCGCCGCCACGUGUUCGGCAAACGAACAAAGACCUCACCAGCAUUGUCAAUUAAGCUGCGGUUAACCGCAGCUUCUGGGAGGUAAAUUGCCUGCACACUUCCACUUCUGGGUGGUCUGCCUGUGUGGUAUUUGGUUCAGUAAGCCCCAUUUACUGAACCAAGUGGGAAUUAGCCAGGCAGGCACAAAGGGUUUGCACCAGGUCUGGGGACACAGGGGACACCGUCUUAAAGGGGCAGUGUCCCCAACAAGUCUGGGGACACGGCCUUAAAGGGGCAGUGUCCCAAUCUUCCUGAUGUCCCAAAAAAGGUGUUUGAAGGGCCAGCACCAGUCACAUAAAGAGUCCAUAAGCCCCAAUAUGCCCACCGACAGUCUUAAAGGGCCAUACACACCAAAUAAAAGCGCAUACAUUUUCACAAUCUCCCAGGGGCCAUAGUCAUGCGGGAGGAGGCUGGCAAAUAGGCUUCUCCACAACCCAGGGAAGCAGGGCAAUUUGCCAUUUAGGUGUCAAUCCAUAUCUGCCAAGUGACCCGAUGUAGGGGGAACAGUCCCUAUUCUGCUCUGUCAGUGUGUAUCAUGGUCUCUGAGGACAGGUGUCAAUCCAUAUCUGCCAAGUGACCCUAUGUAGGGGGACCAGUCUCUAUUCUGCUCUGUGUCCGUGUGCAUCAGGGGCUCUGAGGACAGGUGUCAAUCCAUAUGUCAAGGUGUCAAUAUGUCAUAUGUCAGGUGUCAAUCCAUAUUCAUUGUGAUUUAGGAAUGUUAGGUGAUUUCUGCCCUUUAUGGAUUAAUACCAGACUCUGUAUCAACUGUGUAAUUUUCCAUGGGCGUUUUGCCAUGGAUCCCCCUCCGGCAUGCCACAGUCCAGGUGUUAGUCCCCUUGAAACAACUUUUCCAUCCCUAUUGUGGCCAGAGAGUCCCUGUGUGUUUUUAAAAUUCGCCUGCCCAUUGAAGUCAAUGGCGUUUCGGGCGGUUUGCCGGUUCGCGAACAUUUGCGGAAGUUCGCGUUCGCCGUUCGCGAACAGAAAAUUUCGGGUUCGCGACAUCACUAGUCCUCUGUACUGGCCAAAGGCUCACCAAGCGUGCCUGAAGCCUACCAAUGCACGCACCACCUGUUAAUCUUGUAUUUCGUAUUUGCUGAUGCCAUGGGCAGAAGUUCAAUUCAUAAGCUAAAAUGGAAGUAAUGGUGCACUGCCUAUGCAUUCACUCUGUUGCAGCACGUUUUGGACCCAGAGUGCUACGACGUCCUAUUUUCAUGGCUUGUAUUAUGUAUUCGUUCAUGUUGGUGUUUCUGGAUUUAUUAGAGCUAUCCUCCGAAAAAACACCUGCACUUGUUUGCAAUAAUUUCAACUUCUUAUAAGCGUUCGCUAAAAUCAUGACUUUGUGGAAAAUAGCUUUUUGCUGGAUCAGCUUCCUUGGCAGCUGUUUAAGAUGACCUUUUUUUUUUUUUUUAACAUUGCUGCAAUAAAAACUUGCUGACUCCUAAAUUUUAUUCAUAUUUUUAUUUCCGUGUUCUCUAAACAAGUGACCCUAACUGUGCUUUGCUCCCAAGUGGUGUGAUAAAUGAAACGUAGCAUUUUUGGCUUCAAGGACAAUAACCAAACAAGUAUUGCUCCAAAUCCCAAUAAUAACUUUUAUAUUAAAGCCCUUUCUGGGAAAUUUAGGAAACAAAUGUUUUAGUAAUAUGCGGGUCAUUCGUUGCAUUGAUAUCUACUUCAACUGCACUGCUUGCUUUUAUUGUAACCACUAGAAAACCAAACACCACUCCCCAACGUGUAACCUUGAUAUGGAAUACUUUCAUUUUUGCAAUUUAUUGCAAGUUAUAAAGCUCAAUUUUAUUUAAAGAGACACAAAUAAAAAAAAAUCACUUUUUAAAAUAACUUUUUAACCUGUAUACCCUUGAUAAAAACAUCCAUGCUUUCUCCCCACCCUCCAUUUGGAUAUAUUUACGACAGCUUGCAGAAGGUGUAGAUCUCUCGUCUCUUUGCAAGCCUCCCUCUACUAACUCCAAUCAGACUUCCCAAUGCAGAUCGAUGAGAAGUCUUUGCAAGGCAAUUGCUGCCUCUUUAGUUUCUCUACUGAGCUAACCAAACCAGGAAGUAACAGGACCGGUAGUCUGGCAGCUGCGGGCAUAACCAAGUUACAACAGUUUAACAUUGAAUACAUUUCCCCUACAGCUUCCAGCUAGAUCUCUGUGCUUCUUAGGCCAAUACUUCUGCAUCAGCCAAGCAAGUGAUGGGCUUAGACUAUCACAUGCACACAUUGCUAGUAUAAAUUGGUACGGCUAAUGUACAAGAGAGCUUUAAACCUUCUUCACUUAGCGUGAUUAACUUGUCCUCGUUUCUGGCUAACUUGCUUAAAAAAAAUGGGUCAUGUUAAGUUCUCAUGUAAAGUACGACCCUUCCUGCUAUUGAUUACAUGAACGAAUACAGAGAACACAACAGAGUGGGUUUUGCCGUUGUUGUGGUGUUGCUCUCCCACGGACUUCAUAACAUUUGGUCCUGCAAAUCUUGAGUGACAUUCUUUAGUAAUUCUUUUUCUUUAAACUGGUUGUACUGGAUUUGGCCCAUUGUUUAAUAUUUAACAUGUUUUAGGUUUUCUCAGAUUCUGCUAUCUGUAUUGUGACGACAUUCAAGAGCAAUAGUUUUAUAUUUAAAAUGACUUGGAUUUUAAUCUCCUAUGUUGAACGAGAUAGUACAUGAAUUGUGAUCGAUAUUUGCUGUAUUAUCGGUAUUUCUCCCCCAACAUAGAUAUUGUAAUAACCUCAUUUGUGUCUGUCCUACAAGAUUACUUUAUAUUCAUUCCUUUUCUUGGUUACUUGUUGUCACUGUAUCGGUUGGUGAGAGUUUUAGGACAGUGAUGUUUUGACCCCAAGAUGCUGGUUAAUAAUUAAGUGUUCUUGCAUAGCAAGACCACUUAAUGUUAUCUCACAUAUAUAUUAUUCUUAUUAUAGCCAAAUUUACCACCCUAACUCCUCCCACAGUUUUUACACUACAUAGACCGUAAUAUACCGAAACAUGCGGAUUGUUCCCGAUUGGAUUGCUAUUAUUUUGUGGAACGUUUUGCCGAAUGGUUCACGGAAUAUUAUCGUUCUUGUGGCAAAAUUGGUAACAUAGGAAUGAAUGGCGAAAUGUUCAAAACUAGAGUGGGAGCUGGCAAAAGCUGAAAAAUCAGGACAUGAUUUCUAAACUGCCACCACUCCCUCAUUUUCAGGCCCACCUACACAAAUCUUAUAUCAAAACGUUCAGCUAUCCCUGCUGCCACUAAAAAUGUCCACGGCUAAGCCAUAGUCCUGAUAGUUUUCACAAUUUGACUAUUUGUUUGUAACUCACGCCGUCCAUUGACAUUCAUUGAAACUCCACUCUAGCCAGCUCAAACUUGAAGGGCAAUUUCUACACUGCGACUGUGCCUCCAUUGUUAAUACUUCAGAGACAUACUAUGCAUCAAAAUGUAGGUCUGGGUCUUGUGAUUCUCACAAUAUAAAGCUCUUCGCUGUAGGAUUCAUAGUUUUUAAAAUACGACCGUUUGAAGAUGACAACCGCCAAAAUACUCUGACCUGUGCCAGGCUGGAGCAGCAAGUGAUGUCAUAGACAGACAGGGCCUUUUGUACACCUGCUAAUGUUUUUAUAAAUGUAUGUUUUAAUGUAACUGUGAAGCACUUUGGGCAGCAAUGUUGCAAUUAAAUGUGCUAUAUAAAAGUUGAAAUGCAUUUCUCGCUCUAUCCAUAUUGGCAAUAUUAGUGGCCAAUACCGAUAUUGCUGAAAAUACCAAAUAUCGGCCGAUAAUAUCGGUAAAACCGAUAAUCGCUCGAUCCCUAGUUGUAGACUACUGGUGGAGGCAAGAACACUUCACACAAUUUCCCCAGAAAUUUUAGCUUUUCUAGUUCUUAAAACAAUAGUAUAGGCAUGACAGGAGCUCUUUAAUGUAUUUUUAAACUAUUUCUGCUCAUUACACAGGGCAUAUUAUUCUAACUUCACACUGUGCUAGUAGUUUCACUAGCAAAUGUAUGGAUGAGGAGGAAAAAACGAUUAAAAAAUAAGUUUUUCUGUCAGUCAAUGCCUCUGCUUGCUAAGCCAUUGACUGACAAGGGAAAGUAGAAAACUCCUUCUGCAAGAGUUUUCGCUGCUCUUUACCCAUAGCGAAUGCUCUUUGGUUACUAUGGAAACUCCCUAGGCAGUGCCCCUAGCGCUGUUAAAAUGCUGGCAAUGAAGGCUGCGUGCCAACAUCACUGAGGGAGGUAUUGUCUGCUCUCACUUGUCAGUCAGUGCAGUGCCUUGACAUAACAGCAGGGAGAAGAGCCAGUUUUUUUUCCCUAAUCUAUACAUUCGCUAGCAAAACUGUUAGAUAAAAUCGUAUGCCCAAUCUAAUGAGCAUGCGUUGUUUGGGGAAUGAAAGGUGCCAUUUAAAGGCAGUCCAUUCAUGGAUAUUCUUCCAUCCUUCCUUUGACCUGUCCUAGUCUCAUUUCCUUUACGUUGGAUUGUCUCCAUCUUUAAGUUAUCCAUUCUGUAGCACUUUUAAACAUUGUAUUUCUCAAAAUCUAACAUUAAGGGUGUUGCUUCUUACUACUCAGUGUUUUAAAAAUGUUAAGAAUUGUAAAAUUAUUUAUACAGGUUUUCUCUGGGUCCAGCCUGUGGUCAUGUACUGUAAAGUGCUUAGAGCAAGAUUAGUUGCCAUCAGAAAAUUAGGAACAUAACUUUUAUGUUUGAAACAUGGAGCCCUCAAAUUCCUUAAAGAGCAACUUUCUCCUCAAAUAUUUUUAAUGUAAUAAAACCUUUCAAGUCUUGCAAGGAAAUACUUAAUAUAUAUAUAUAUAUUUUUUUUAAGAUAAGUUGCCAGAAUUGACAUUGGCCAUCCUGGAACUCUAAUUUGGGCUGACUGAUAACACCCCAAUGAGUCUGGCAUUGGUGGACUUAGACUUCCAUCUGCACAUAAGGGCUCCAACCACCAUAACCACUUCAAAUCACUGAAGUGGUCAUGAUUUGAGUAACCCAUUAAAUCAUCUUGAUAAAGUAACUUAAAUCUAUAGUGCAGGGAUUGGCAAUCGUUGGCUCUCUUGAACAUGUGGACCUUUCAUAGUGCUGGUAAAGCUUCAGGGGUAGAUGAUAUCUGGAGGCCAAAUGUUGUGUGCCCAUGCUGUAGUGCUUCUAUAUUAAUUGGAUCAAUGGAGGUUUUGUUUUUUGUUUUUCUUAUAAAUGUAUGUGAAAUCUUGGUAAUAUGUAUAGAAAGUAAAUCUGUUCUUGUUUCAUAUGCAUUAAUUGUUCGAUAUUUUUUUUCCCCCCCCCUCUUAGAUUUUCCCAGAUCCUUCUGAUUUUGAGCGAUGUUGCAAACUGAAGGACAGACUGCCUUCGAUUGUCGUGGAGCCUACAGAAGGAGAUGUAGAGAGUGGUGAGCUGCGAUGGCCUCCAGAGGAAUUUGUUGUGGAGGAGGAAAAGGAUGACUGCGUUGAAACAAAGAAGGAAACUAGCCAGGAGCAGUAAUGGCAGACCUGCAUCCGAUCUUAAAUCUAUUGUCGUGUGAAGGAGGAAAUGGCCACAAAAUGGCGUGACUAUGAAUCCGUUAGAGGUUUUCUGUUAAAGAUGACAAACUCAAAGAUGCACCUGUGAGAUUUUUUUUUCCUUGUGAGAAAAUACAGCCGUCAUGUGAUCAAAAGCAGGAAGUCUUCUAAGAAAUGUUUGCUUUAUAUAUUUUUUUUUUCUCCAUUAUAUUCCAUUAUUUAGAGAUUGCGAUCUGAGUUGGGUUUUUUCUGAUCCUAGAAGUAGCGCUCAUAUUCCCACAAGGCAUCAAAGGCAGGAAUUAACCAUAGAGUGCACUUCAACAGCAGCAAGCAAUGAAUGGACCUUUCUUUUUCUUUUUUUCUUUCAAAGAAUGCAAAUUUAAUGUUAAUUUUCUUUAGCUGCAAGAAUAAAGCAAAUUUUGAGAAACUGUUUAGGGAUGGGGGGGAUAUCACUUAGAAGGGAAUUGUCCUAUUGUAAGUGAAGCUUAGAGGCGGUGAAAUAUCUUGACCUUUAUUAUUCAGCCUGGCACAUGAGUCACCUUUACGAUGGUACCAUAGACAAGUGAUUAACUUGGAGAUAAUGUCAUGUUUUGUCUCCAUGGCUAGACAUGUAUGGAAACCCUUCUAAGGGACCCAAUGUCAUUUCAUGCAUUUGUUUUUCUAAUUUGCUUCCAAAUUUGACAUGGAGAAUAUGUGCUUGGGAUCUAGCAGUGUUGGAGAUUAAUUUUCUGGUAUUGCCGGUCAUUACAGAGCUUCCUGUUCCAAUGACAAAUUCGAUAGUGUUCCACUUCACACCAUACGUGCCCACUCAGCAUGUCAGAUUUUCGAAGAUGGCUAUCCUGCGCACAUAUGCAUUUUCAUAGUCUGACAGGGAUCAGACGAUAUUAGGGAUAUUUCACCAUUGUGAAAAAAGUUUGUGUUUUUUGUCAAUGUAGUGCAAAUGAAGAUACUUGCCAAAACUGGGGUAAAAAAAAUUGUAGGACUUACUGCACCUAUAGAAAUUAUUUUUUUUUUGGGAUAUGCAAGAAAUUGUUGUCUAACAGUGUAGAUUAAGAGAUAUAUUUCUUAAAGUAGCAUUAAAUCAUCAAAGCAUUUUUGUGUUUGGUUUGCUGUGUACAGUAGAAAAUUCAGGGACGUUUAAAUUGUUUCUUCGAAAAAGUCCCCUGUGCGUGUAUUCAUGUGAUGGAUGCAUCUGAUGGGUGCUGACAGACCUAAAAAUAAACAUCCAUUUCAUUCAUCAGUAUCCCACAUACAUUGCACAAAAUGGACAGUCUUUCAAGAGGCCAUUAUUUAUCUUGCACACAAUAGACUAGUCACAUUCUGGUUCAUGCUUCCUUUAUACAUAUUUUUUCAGCGUUCAUUGAGCUGAAAGUAAAAAAAAAAAAAAAAUGUUUGAAAUGCUCUGGGCUACAAAGGAAAUAUUGCUAUCCACAAACUGUUUUUAGGUCUGCCUAAUCCGAUCUUUCAGUAAUCUAUAGCAAUAACUUGUCUGUGCUUUGAAUGAUAAAUGCAAAAUGUAAAGCUUUGUGUUCUCUAGUGACACGUGUAGGAAGUCUUUGGAGGUAGAAGUAUUUUUAUUCUCAUCUGCAUCUUCAAACUUUGUCACCAAGAAAAAUGUCUUCAGUCCAGACCAAUGGGGUGUCUGUUUUGUAAUUCUGGUCCCGUUAUCUUCAUAGUGUCUAGUGACUGACCAUGUCAUUUGGGCCUUCGAUGGCCUGGGAUUUUAACACAAUCCAUGUGCUCUCAAAGCCGGAGUGUGAUACAGUGGUCAUGUUCUCAACUGAAGGGUGUUACGGAAUGCCACUUGCAGAUGGAACUUAACUUGUCACCUACUUGUUCCCAAGCUGUGCCACACAGGAUGAAAAUCGAAAUGGCACUCCUGAGACUGUAUGACUUGCAAGUGGGGGAACAAAACCUACUCCUGAUUUUAAACGUUUGUGUCUCCAUCUUGUUUGAGAUUAUUGUAUUUUUCAAUUUGUUACUGAUGUAUCUGCGAACAAAAAGCACUCCAGUAAAUUCUGUUGUAAAAUAGUAUAUAUAUGUAAUUUUUGAGGCUCAGGGAGAAGCUAGCUUUGUUUUGUUUUUUUGUUUUUCUCAAACUUUUUUUGUCACUGUGACAGUUGUAAAUAAAGGUUUGAAAUUGCUUUCCAAAA